AAAGAAUAAUUUUAAAAUAUUUGAAAUAAUGUCAGUCAAAAUGACAAAUAAUUUAAUCGUGAUUUCAUAAAGUCUAUGGUAUUAUUUUGAUAAAUCAUUAUAAUUUUUUAAGUGUUUAAUUUUUAACGGAUUUUAUAUUUUGACGUUUCUUUGGCGAUAAAAUGUCGUUCUACCCACCUUCUGGAAGAACGUCGGACAAUGGCGUGGAAGAAAAAUGGCGGCGAGGCUUCGCCAAUCGAGACUCAACGGAGAGCAGUGAAGUACGAAAUAGAAAUUAUGCCUAUGCCGAAUCGGAUGCUACAUCUCCCAUACCAAACAAAUACGGUUUGCAUUACUUCCAGUCUUCAAUGUUUGCGACUAUCCUGGAAGAUGCCAUAACAGAAUUAAGAAUUUUGGCGGAAUGCAACAACGAAAUGCGCGUGACAAAAACAAACACGGACAUAGACAAGUUACGGGCCGUCAAGUACUCCGUGAUGCAGCCCGCGGUACAAGACGAGCUGGACGGUAUCAACCGCUCCAACCUCGACGCCAACAACUACAAGCUCGAUAAACUCGAUAAUGAUAAGAAAUACGUGACCGACGUUCUUCUUUCAACGUACUUGGACCUCUCCAUGAAUCGGAGCUGGCGAGCGCUGCAAGAUAAAACCAAGCUAUUAGAUUUGUACAACAGGCGUGUCUCACUCGCUGAAGAGGAAACUAGGAAUAGAAUCACUCGCCGUGAUCUAAUGAGGCAGCUGAGACAGCAACGUAAUCACAUCAAGUCGGUAACAUACGACACUGAUGCCGUCAUAGACAAUCUGAAGACACAAGUUGAGGACGCAGCUCUGAACGCCGAGAUCCGAGGUCGGUACGUAGAUAACUGGCAGCAAGCACGCUCCGAGCAACACGCGCAGAAGAUUGCGGACGUGGAAAUGGGACCAUCCGACGCGAUAGAGUACUACAAACAGACCAUCGACCGCGAGCAGAGAGUCCACACGGAAGUCGAGAUGCUUAUUAAUAUUAAUAUCAAUGAGACACUUCAGAAAAUUGAGUCUUGGAUGAACAAAUACGACAAAGAUAUAGAAGCACUUGAAAUAAAAAUACAAAAGAAAAAAACAGAGCAUGAGAAAAUGGAAGAAAGAAGGCAUGAACUGGAGAAAAGGUUGCAACGUCAUGAUGAACUCAUAAAGAACUGGGUGAACUUCAAAGACGAAAGAGAGAAGGCAAGACUGUACCUCGAGAACAUGCAUAAGUCUGCAGCCAUCGUGCAAGCAUGGUGGCGAGGCUUGCUAGUCAGAUACGAGUUAGGACCAUACAAACCUACCAAACAACCUGUCAAGCCUGAAAACCCGAAAAGAAAGGCAAAAAGAAGUUGCAACUGAUCCGGAAGUUAUAAAUACAUUGUCAGUGCUUGAACCUGUUGAAGAAGUAAAAUCUAUACACGACAGCCCCCG